CCCAUGCAAAGCACCGGCAUAGAUCCCCCCCUCUUCCUCCUCUUCCUCCUCUUCUGCUUUUAAAUCCUCCCUCCAUCCAUAAUUCUGCUUCCACCCCAACCAACAAGAGUCUCGUAUGUCUCUUCUAUCACAAUAAAUAGCCAAGCCGAACGCACCACCAGACUCCCGGUACUUUUCUCGUCCGGGACAAAAUCGUAACUCCCCUCUUCCAGAGGGUACCUCUAUUCUAUCGCUUCUAUCUAGGGGACAACAACCAAAAAAAAAAAAAGAAAAAAGGCAUCCUUGUCUACCCGCUCGCCAUGGUGUAUAUUCGACAAUGGGACCUCGAGGCCCUGCGCCAGUAUAAGUACUCCGGCGUGGACAGGUCCCUGGUCUCGCGCUAUAUCAUGAAGCCCUUCUAUACACAUGUGGUGAUCAAGUGUUUCCCGAUGUCAAUGGCGCCGAAUCUUAUCACAUUGACUGGUUUCUCGUUUGUGGUCAUCAAUUUCCUCACUCUGCUCUGGUAUAAUCCCGGCUUGGACACCGAUUGUCCGCCUUGGGUGUAUCUCAGCUGGGCUGUCGGGUUGUUCUUGUAUCAGACCUUCGACGCUGUCGAUGGAACCCAAGCCCGGAGAACACGCCAGAGCGGACCGUUGGGAGAGCUCUUUGACCAUGGAGUCGAUGCGUGCAACACCGCCCUAGAGGUCCUUAUGUUUGCCGGUGCUAUGAACCUAGGACAGACCUGGGCGACUGUUUUGGCUCUAUUUGGCUCGGCACUCACCUUCUACGUUCAAACAUGGGAUGAAUACUAUACCCAAGUCUUAACGCUGGGCAUAAUCUCCGGCCCAGUCGAAGGCAUUUUGACUCUGUGCCUUGUUUACAUUUUCACCGCUGUCAAGGGGGGCGCCAGCUUCUGGCACCAGCCUAUGAUGCCUACGAUGGGCGUGCCUCAAAUCGCCUUGAUCCCCGAUCAUAUCUACAACCUCCCAUUCACCUCAUGGUACCUUAUCUACGGUGGAUUCCUCCUACUAUUCAGCACCGUCAUGAGUAUUAUGAAUGUCAUUGACGUCCGUCGGAAGCGCGGCCAGAGCACCCUUCAGCCGCUGCUCGGCCUUCUCCCUGUCGCUGCUGCUUGGACGCUGAUCAUCUCGUAUUUGCACUUGAACCCGAUAAUUCUAAACCAUCACCUUGUCCCCUUCUCGUUGUUUGUCGGUGUCAUCAAUGCCUACUCUGUCGGACGCAUGAUCAUCGCACACCUGGUGAAAACGGAAUUUCCGUACCAGAAUGUGCUCUUGUUCCCGCUUCUUUUCGCGGUUUUCGACAGUGCGGCGCCGAAGAUGGGUUGGCCAUGGCCUGGGUACCUUGGCGAUAGCACCAAUCAGGUCGCCUUUGUGUUCGGGUGCUUGGGAUUGGGAUUAGGUGUUUACGGUAGCUUUGUGUACGACGUGAUCACGACGAUCUGCGACUAUCUUGACAUUUGGUGCUUGACAAUUAAGCACCCAUUCAACCCGAACUCCAACGACGUGCAUAACGCGAAGGGCAAAAGCGCGUAAUGCAUGUCAGUGCUGACAUCGCCCAUUUCUUUUCCCCGAUGGUGCUCUGGCACUUAACCGCGCAAGAAAUGCCGUUGACCUUUAUAGCGAGCCCCCGACGACGGCUACUUCCCGUCGAAAUACCGACAAAGUUCUCCGACUUGUGGCUCUGGAAGUUCGGGACGCAAGAACGUGCCCCUGGUGAGCGAGUGUACGAUGAAGAUAAGAGAUCCCCCUAUCUACGAGCCAAUUGUUGACAGAGCCGUUAUGAGACGAUUUCGGCGUCAUUCUUUUCUCCAUUAAAAAAAAAAAAAAAAAAAAGAAAAAAAAAAAGAUAUGCUGUUUCCCAUUCUUUAGAUGCCUUGAUACCACACACAGCAAUAACUUAUAAAGUGUCCCAGCGUCUCCCUCUUGUGUUUUCCUGUAUUUGAUAUUCUUUUCUUUUUUAAUAUUGUUUACUCUGUAGUCAUGUUUUAAUCUGUCCGGCCCGGUAUAUAGUACCUUCGGAAUGGGUG